AUGACAAAGAGUUGCGAUUCUCUUGAAAACAAUGCAACUGAUGAAAACAAAGAUCACCUUGCACAACCCGACACUCAUCACCCGCACGCCAGACUGGUAAAGCGAACAGCAGACUCUAAAAACUUGUUUAAUGCCAAAGAAAAUUCCUUGGAUGAAGAAACUGAUGAGGUUUCCAACAAGCAUGGCAAGCGUAUUCGACAAGAUCUACGAGGGUUGUAUUUGGAUACCAUCAAUCGUGCUCGACUUGAUUUUGACUUUGAAAAGCUGUGUUCAGUGUCGCUCAGCAACUUGAAUGUAUAUGCAUGCCUUGUCUGUGGAAAAUACUUUCAAGGUAUAGGAGUAUCUUCAAAUGCAUACUAUCAUAGUAUGGGAGAAAACCACCACGUUUUUAUAAACAUGGACACCUUGAAUGUUUACGUACUUCCAGAGUUGUAUAAGGUUGACGAUCUGUCUCUAAACGACAUCAAGUACGUGAUUAAACCGACUUUUACUGAAAAAGAUGUAGAAAUGCUGAACAAGCUGUCCAUUCACUCAUACGAUUUAAAUAACAAGAUGUAUAUACCAGGAUUUGUUGGGCUCAAUAACAUUAAAGAGAAUGACUAUAUCAAUGUUAUUGUUCAAAGUUUUGCACACGUUGAGCUACUUCGCGACUAUUUUUUACUGGAUAAAUCAGACUCACAAUCAGAGUUGGUUAAGCGAUUUGGACUUUUACUUCGAAAAAUGUGGAAUUCACGAGCUUUCAAGGGCCAAGUGAGUCCACACGAACUCAUUCAGGAAAUUUCUAAUGUCAGUGACAAGAGAUUCAAGCUUGGAGAGCAAGCAGAUCCCGCCCAAUUUCUCUCGUGGCUGAUUAAUAAGCUUCACCUAGGAUUAUGUUCCAAAAAAAGCAACAAAUCAUCAAUCAUGCAGCAAGCAUUCCAAGGCGAGCUAUAUGUAGAGUCUCGUCCCUUUAUAACGGAUCAGGAAACAGGCGAAAGUAACAUCAACAAUUUGGGAGAUGCCACUGUAUCCACUUUGCCUUUUUGGUUUUUGACGCUCGAUCUUCCGCCACCUCCACUAUUUUCGGACGAAGCAGAAAAAAACAUUAUUCCACAAAUUCCAUUGACAACUUUGUUGGAAAAGUUUAAUGGAACAUCUGUUUGUGAAACGGGCUCUGCUGUCAUGACAUACAAGAUUCAAAAACUUCCUAGAUAUCUUAUUUUUUCCUUCAAGCGGUUUAGUAAAAACAACUGGAAUGCGUUUGAAAAAAAUCCUACUAUUGUAAACUUUCCUAUCAAGAACCUUGACAUGGCAGACUAUGUACAAGGAGGUGAAAGCGCUCGGUAUGAUCUGAUUGCAAAUAUUUGCCACGAGGGAAAGCCAGGUACUGGAAAUGGUGCAUACAAAGUACACUUGCUUUCAAAAGCCAAGAGUCAGUGGUUGCAGAUUCAAGAUCUUUUUGUCGAAGAAAUUAUGGCGCAAAUGAUUAUUCUCUCGGAAACAUAUAUUCAGAUAUGGGAACGAAAUAGUGUUUCAAAAUAA